GUGUGCGAAUAAAUCGCAGCGCCAUGCACAACAUCUCAUUGCCGAAAAAUCCAAAUCGUUCAGUUCGCUCGCGUUCCUGGUGCUAAACCAAUUGAAAAUAUAUAUACAACCAAUUUAAUUUCCAUAGAAGAAAAAUAUUUUCUCAUCCCUUGUGUAUAGAUGAAAAAAAAAAUAAUUAGAAAAUGAACAGAAAAGUAGUAUACAUGUGUUUGUGUGAGUGCUGUUUGAAAAAAUAGAAGAGAAAAAGAGAGAAUUUCGCAGAAAACCCAAUAGAUAUGGUAUUUUAAUUCACCAACAGAAGGGAAGAAAAAAUGAGCCCGUAAAUUUCACUAAAUGCGAAUAAAGUAAAAUAGCGAAUAUUUUGCUGGUGCUUGGAUACGGAAAGAAAUCAAUGUGUGUUUUUUUUCAUGAAACAAUAGUGUGUGUGUGUGUGGCCACGGGAAGGCACAAUUUUUUUUGGAAACAUUUGAACUGAAGGACUUAAACAUUGUAGCAAAGAAAAGAGGGAGAGAGGAAAAAAUGUAAAAGAAUUCGUUGUAUUUGGUGCAAAAUUCAUAGUGUGUCCGAUGAGAGAGACGACGCAACCCACGGACGCAAUCAAAAAUCACGAAUUUUUCGCUUCGGAUUCGUAUACCACGCUUGCCUCACAAUACAUCUAGCGUUUAAACGAGCAAAAGAGAAGAGAAAAAAUAAAACAUACUCCCAGAAAUCGGUGGCAAACGAAAAAACCAUAUAAAAACACGUAAUGGAACAAACCAACAAUGUCUACGAGUGAUAUCCCGUAGUGACAACGAAUCAUAUUAUGUUUUUCCCUUCAUUUUGUCGGUUUUUUCCUUUGCUUUUUUAUUCUGAUUGUUGAAUUUCUCUUUCCUGCCUUAUUCCCACGUACACGUAAAUUCUGGAUUUUAUUUUUUUUACGUUGUUCUUUUGAGUUCUUUUUUUUUCGUUGCUCUGAACUGAAAUACGAUAUAACCGCACCUAAAAUAGUUCGAAAAUCGCAGAUACCGAAUUUUCCCAGCAGCGUGCAUCGAUUCGAAUAAUUUCGCUACCAACAACAACAACAACAAUUUUUAACGAAUUAACGAACCAGUGCCAUGAAACUGGUUCCGGAAACAUAGGAAUCUAUGAGAUAAAAUUAUCGAAAUAACCGAAAAACCAAAAUCUGAAACAUAACAUAGGCUGUAAAAACUACGCGAUCCGUUGUAUACACACCACCACCACCACCAACAACACCAACAACAACAACAAUCGACAAAAAAAGGGCAGCAGCCACAAAUGCACGAUGAUAAAGAUGGGGGAGCCACCGCCAUUCUAUCACUUUUGGAUACGAAGGCGAGGACUAUCUAGCACCUUAACAUGUCUUUCGGUCGUCGCCGUCAUCAUCAUCGCCUGUUUUCUUCCAAUUCAUCCAGUUAACGCAAGCAGUUGUAGUGAUCUAGAAGAACAAAAAUUUGAUGAAAAUAUUUCUCUAGUGGAAGUAAAUGCAACCGCAAAGGAUCCAUUGUUUCCGAGGGAUUUGUUCACUCUGGAAGAGCGUCGCAAUGGUGCUAUUAUUUUACACAUAAUUGGAGUGAUGUAUAUGUUUGUCGCUUUAGCUAUAGUUUGCGAUGAAUUCUUUGUGCCUUCGCUGGACGUAAUUAUUGAAAAGUUGGAUAUCACCGAUGAUGUGGCAGGCGCAACGUUUAUGGCAGCUGGUGGCAGUGCCCCGGAACUGUUUACAUCGGUGAUUGGUGUAUUUGUGUCAUUUGAUGAUGUUGGCAUUGGUACAAUUGUUGGUUCGGCCGUGUUCAACAUUUUAUUUGUUAUCGGAAUGUGUGCAAUAUUCUCAAAAACCCUACUCAGCCUCACAUGGUGGCCAUUGUUUCGCGAUUGUACAUUUUACAGUGUUAGUUUGCUAGUGUUGAUCUAUUUUUUUCGUGAUAAUAAAAUUUACUGGUGGGAGGCGUUGAUAUUGUUUUCAAUCUAUGUAUGCUACGCGGUGUUCAUGAAAUGGAAUCAUCAAAUGGAGUGCCUAGUUAAAAAAAUGCUGUACAAAAAUAAGGUGACCAGAGUUCGAAGCACUGAUCAACUAAUGCCUGAUAAGUCAAAUAAUGCGGCGAACUCAUCCGAAACGUCAAUGGCAACACAACCAGGUGGAUCGAUGACGUCGAGAGCUGCAUCUGAAACGCGAGCUGUUCCGGGCGGUAGCGGUACAAAUCAUUCAUCAGCCGUAACUGGUGCGAAAUUUCGACAUGGCCUUCUACAACUGAUGAUACACACCAUUGACCCAAUGCAUGACGGAAAAGUCGAUGAAAAAGCAACGCAAUUGCACGCUAUUGCUUCCUUAAAAGUUUUACUUGAUGCAACAAAACCACAACGAGGAGCCGCAACAUCCACAGCUGCCAAUAACGUUAAAAUCAAUUUCAAAGAAACGACUCUAGUUGGAGACCGACCAAAUGGCAACAUAGACACUACACUCGAUUCGCAAAGUAACGAUUUAGAAGAUGUGAACGAACCAUUGGAUAUGGCGUGGCCCAAAGAGGGUCGAAAGCGUUUGAGCUACGUGCUCGUUGCACCAAUAUUGGUGCCACUAUGGCUAACACUUCCAGAUACACGAACGCCGCGCGGUAAACGGUUUUUCGUCGUAACAUUUCUCGGUUCGAUCGCUUGGAUAGCCGCAUAUUCAUAUCUUAUGGUGUGGUGGGCGAACGUGUUCGGUGAAACGGCUGAUAUUCCGCCUGAGGUGAUGGGCUUGACUUUUCUUGCCGCUGGCACAUCCAUUCCGGAUUUAAUAACGUCAGUAAUCGUGGCGAGAAAAGGAUUUGGCGAUAUGGCUGUAUCAAGUUCGGUUGGAAGUAACAUUUUCGACGUCACUGUUGGUUUGCCGAUACCUUGGCUGCUCUAUGGUAUAUUUUUCCAGGCGCCGGUCGAAGUCAAUUCAUGCGGAAUGGUAUGCUCGAUUGCCAUUCUAUUCAUGAUGCUGUUAUUUGUCAUUGCAUCAAUAGCUUGUUUCCAAUGGCGUAUGAACAAAGGUCUUGGUGUGACAAUGUUUUUGCUCUAUUUCGUAUUCGUGGCCAUUUCAUUAAUGUUCGAAUACAAACACUUGACGUGUCCAUUUUAAACGUGUGAUGACAGAAUAAAAAAAAGGUAACAACCGACCCAUUUCAAACAUACACACACACACACACAAACAUAUAUAUAUACAAAAUAGACUACCUUCAACCCAAAGUAUUUUCGACGGCAGAACAACACCGAACAAGAAACAAGUACCGAAAAAACUCGUGAAUUAUGCUUGAAGAUAAGGCAAUAAAAUGAGUGCAUGUUAGGUUCGAGAAAUUAUUCGAGCAAAAUCAAGAACGAGCAAACAGCUACAACCAGAAGAAGAAGAAGGAGAAGAAGAAAAACACUGAGUUUGGAGACAUUUACGGGAGAAAAAAAAUUACAAACACACACAUACACACAAACACGAUAGAUUUUCAAGAAAUUUUAUGCAUUUUAUCGGUAGAGAGCGAAUAUCAGGUCCUUUUUAUCCGCAAAAUACGAUUUUUAAAUGCUUUUAAAAAGUUUAAAAAUGAAUUCAACGACGAAAUUAUAUACAUAAAAUAUGUAAGACAUGAAAAUAUUAACAACAACAGCAGCAGCAGCAGCAGCAAAAAAAAACAACUAUUAAAAAUGCAAACGCAAUUUCUGAGCACGAUAUUUUUUUGGCUAUAACGACAACAACAACAAAACAUUUUCUGAAAAUGAACUGUUUUAAAUUUACGAACAAAAUAUGCAAAUUCGCCACAGCAACUCACACACACACACACAGUGUGUUUGUUACACACUCUACAACAAUGUAAAACAAGGCAGGAGUUUUUUUUUCGUCGUUUCGGAAACAGUUCAGAUUCAGCAAUAAAACCCUGGCGCACAAUUUCAGAGGCAAAUAAAAAUGCAACAACAACAAAAUGCAAAUGAAACUUCUGAUUCAAUGAGACUACUCAACCAAUAACAAAAUAUAUUAUGAAUAAACUGAAGAAGCAAACAAAAAAAACCAUGUGUCGAUACAAUUUAUAUACAGAAUUUAUUUAAUUAAAGGAAGAAAAAAAACCAAAUUGUGAAUCCACCACAUGGAUGAGUUAAUCCAGUUGUUACGAAUUUCGUUUAUUCACGUUUCUAGUUGAUUCUCUCCCAGUUAACAUUUCCUCCCCUGAACAAACCAUAACAAAGCUCUUCAAAUGUGGCCACACCAAACAAUAUGUGAUGGUCUUUGCACAUUUGCAUGCAACUUUUACUCUAACCUACAAUACUGUUCUUCAUUCAAUAAUAAUUUCUCGCGUUUCAUUUCUCGAACCAAAUUUUUUUGACGUUGAAAAAAAACACUCAAAUAGUUUGUCUUUCCUCUCUAUGAUGAAUAUAAACGGCAACCAACUCAGUCGAACUCCACUGUCGAAGUUAGUGUAUACUUUCUAGUCCGUGUGUCUAGAAAAAAAAACAACCCGUUCUGCACGUCGCCCUUUGCAAACUGAAAUACGACAAAACAACUACAAACGAAACGAUACAAAAUAAAAA